UCCGCCUCGUCCCCCGAUGUCGUCGUCCAGGGGAGCUUUGAAUUGUGGUUAUGGCUGUGCCUUUGAAUUCCUCUUAUCACCCGCCAGCAUUGUAGCUUUCACCCUGGGCCUCAAACCUCCUCACUGCUCUGUUUGUGUUUGUGUGGUAACUGUCGGCUUGUUUUUGUUGUGGAUUGUAGCCGUUUCGUUAUUUGCUUUCCUGUUAUCUCGUGCCUUCAAAACUUCGUUAGGUGUGAUUGGGCGAGUUGAGGAGAGGAGAGGGCUGUGGAUUUGUUUAGGAUUCGUGAAUGGGGGAUUGUUCGGGGGUUUAGGAUGCAGGUGAAUCGAGCGUGAGUUCUUUUCGGUGCUUGUGAUGUGAUGGUUAGCUGUCUGGAUUUCGGUAUUCCAGGUUGUGUUGGUGCAACGUCCAGUGCUUUGUUGUCGAGGUAGGGCUGCCUUCGUGGCAAGGAGCUGUACCAGGUUUGCUGAACGGUGCCAGAGAGUGUGAGCGCCCUGUUGCGAAGAGAGUAGUUUUCUGGUCCCCGGUGGCGGGACGAAGCAACAGGGCGAUGGGGUGGCUGUGGGCGUGUCUUGGAGGUGGACCUGAAUUCCAGCCGAAAUUGUGCUCUGACAAGUCUUCCAGAAGCUCGAAAUCUCACCGCGUGAGUGCCACCACUCCCUUAAUGCCUGGCGAGAAUUACUAACCAGCCGCACAACCUCAGACUUCAUCCGCUGCCUGCUCAACUUCCCAGACAUGGGUAUGGGGAUUACGAGCACCCCCAUUUGCAGGUAGCGUCACGUACGGGUAGGUGCGGUGAUCCUGAAAACAUGGAGCAAUUUAAAAUACCUAUCACCUCCGUGAACACUUGUAUCAGCAUUAACACUCUCAAGAAGGCUUCUGAGAGAAGCUUAGAAUCAAGCUUCAGAAAGGAAUUCGGAAUUGCGAGGCGCUCGGACGUGGAUGAAUUGAAGGAAGAGCUUGCUGAACUUCGACGGAGACUUGCUAUUGAGGAGGCUGAAGCCAAGAAACUUAGGGAGGAGGUAAGCCAUUUGCGGUCGUGUGGUGUGUUGCAAAAAUCAGAGGGUGCUCCAGAUGAACGAACUGAUCAGAAAGUCCAUGGCAAAGAUAGUCGUUAUGCACUAGACUAUGCUGAUGAAGAUGAGAAGCCAUAUCCAAGUGACCUGGCGCCCACGAAACAGCUACGGAAAUGUUUCUCUGGACCUAUGCUCUUUGACGUACAGUCGAAUAUUUCCAAAGACGGUUUGGAGUCUGGUGCCAUGGUACUGCAUUCUUCCCAAGCUCGCAUAUCUUCCCAUCGAGUAGGACUUUCUCCGAAACCACUUCCCUUCUCUCAGGGAUCACAGAACAUUCAGUCUGAAGUAACACACCAGAUUAAUCGCCAGGCGGAAGAGGAAGUUUCUGGAGCGAGGUCCAUCUCGAAGUCAUCAAAAGUAAGCCUUGCGAGUAACCUACAGCAGUAUCCGAGUAGGAAAGUUACGGCUUGGACGAGUUUGGACGCUUCUGCAGAUCAGGACCAUUGCGAAGGAAAGGCUAGAGAUUUAGUGAUAUUAGAUUCCAUGGACAUGCAUUGGAUUGAGGUUGCAAAUGCACCUUGCUCAAGCGGCUUCUCCACUAAUGUUAAAGGUGACGUUAACGAUCCUAGAGAUUGUGCCGAAUCUCCUCGAAGAUCAUUGCGAGCUGCGUCGACCGGGAUGGAAAAUUCGAUAAGAAAUUCUCAAAAGUCUGGAGGUAAGCGGCGCCAAAAAUCUCGCUCUGGGCUCGACUUCCAACCUUUCGAGAAGCGAUCCAAAGAUUUGACGCUAGCCCUUAGAAAUCAACCCCCAGCACCAACCUCUGACCAAGUGGAGGUGCAACUCGCCCAAGCUCUUGCCGCAUUCAAGGAGCAGAGGCGAGAGUUGGAAGCCAAGCACCAAUCAUUUAGCCGAGGUUCAAUGUCUUCAUCCAUGGCAACGUCAAAGGGUGCCGUACCUUCUAAUGCAGGCCCCAUGGUCGGCUUUUUCCGCAGUACACGGAGGAAACCACACGCUCUCAGAAACCGUGGGUUUCACCAUAGGUCCCUCUCACCCGUAGAGGAGGCCCAGUCCAUUGAAGAGAUUGCCUGGAGUAGGCAGAGUACCAGCAGCAAGAAGGAAUCUGAGUCUGCUUCCAAACCAGACGACUCAGCAGGCGCGGAAGUCAUCGGGUCCAGUAGAUUCUGUAACUCUGUGGACAAGAGUAACCGGGACCUGCAGCGCAGAUUAACUAUUGAGGAUAUCCCCGUAGCAGAACCCUCAUCAGUUCCGCCACAUGCCACAGAACAAAGUAAUACAUUAGAUGAUAGACCCGUCGCUAUCGCGGAGCAUAUUGCCAUGGUGCCAAUCCAGUGCGCGUCGCCUUCCCUCUCACCGCGGAAAAGGCCAGCAUCAGCCGCGCUAGAUGCGUUGGUUACGGUGACGGGGACAGCAAAGACUGGAGCCGAGGGUAGGUACAACGUGGAAGACAGUGCGGAUGGACUCCAACCUGAAGCAGACUGGAUCCACCGAGCUUGUGACUGGGAUGAAGAAGAUGACGAUGGUACCGAGCACAUCAAACCCGUUGAAUGUGCCUCGCCAUCUUUCUCGCCUCGGAGAAGGACUUCGAGAGGUCCCGUCUCGCAGUCAAUUAUCUUGGAUCCUAAAGACUCCUCGCCCCGAGUGCCUUCUUCAACCGAGUUCCUAGAAGCAAGCUUCUUAAAGGCUAACUCACCAAGUGUUACCUUCAAGUCGCCUAGCCAGGAAAGGCUCGUUAAGACCCCGAGUCCCUUGAAACAGUACAGCCCUAGUCCCUUGAAGCAGUGUUCCCCUAGCCCCCUUAAGCAGUGCUCCAGUAGUACUAUGAAUGAAUGUACCCCGAGCCCGCAAAAGCACAACAAUGAACGAAGCUGGUAUUGUGACGCAAUAGAAGCUAUUCAAAGCAUCAAUGACAUACGAAGCUUCAAGGAGCGGCGCUUACUCACUGAGUCGGUUUCUUUGGGGAGUUCUCCCGUCUCGAAGGAGAAGACUCAGCGCCAAGCUGACUGUCCACGCCCUCCUCAUGCUUUUUCAGCGGAGAAAAAAGCCCUGAGACGAGCUUUUUCGUGGUUCGCCUCUGAGCAUGACGAGCGCGUGAAAACGAUCGGAACGCUGGAGAGGCCACCGCAGAUUGGAAGCGUAGGAACUGAGAAGGGGAACGACAUUGGAGGCACUACAUCGAGGUUGCCUCAUGAUGUGCGAAACAGAGACACUUUGCAGAGGGUUGAGACAUGCGGUAGGCAACAAACAGACCCAGGCAUCAAAAGAGGUGGUGUGUUGCAUAUCAGGAGAUUCUCAGACUCAGACAGUGGUGGCUCGGGGUCGGCUACGUUCUCCAUAGACCUGACUCAAGGUGAUAGCUCCAGUCAGAAUGAGGGCGAAUGUGGCGCAGGUGAUGUUAGGGGGAGCAUCAACACAGGUGCUUCGUUCUUGCGAGAGAGAGUAGAUAAGGAGAAUGUAGCAGCCAGGGUUGGCCUGGUUCCUAGCAAGAAUAGUAUCUUGCGAACUUCAGAUCAAUCGCUAUCAUCAAGUGACUCAACUAACAAGUAUCCAAGGUGUUCGCAAGACAAUGCGACAAUAUGUGAGAGCAGACCUAUUCUAGGGUCGGUGCCAUUCAACCACUGGGACAAAACUCCGACAGGUCCGCGUACUGAGGAAUCAAGAGUUGAAUGGCAAGCAGCGGCUAAACCCUCAUAUAGGUACUACUGAAUGACGGUGUGGUCCACAUAGCAUACUAGAGAAAUAAUUUGGGACUGCCACGUUUUGGAUCAGUAUUAUAGAUCCAGGUCCCUUCAAAUCACGCUCCAGGUGAAAUCCUUCUUCACUGUGUCGCCUGAGGCUGGGAAUGUGCAGCUCCAUGAGAUAAACGCAGACAUUGGUAUGUCAGUCUGAUGCGGAUAGUAAGAAGUACAUGCCCCUUAGCAGGAGAAAUGUGAAUGUUUUCCUAGAUUAAUGUACAUAAUUCUCUGGUUGUACUUACCUGAAUUGGCAAAACAAAAGUUUUAUCAUCAAGGACCAACCUUGUUAAUAUACAAUUACUACUUGAGAGGCAUAUUUAUCAGGUUAAGUGUCAAAGAUUCAGGUGAUUCGGGCUUCUGCCCUAGUUGACCUUGUCAUUUUCCACAUGCGAUUGCAAUGAGAUAGUACAUACAAAGAGAGUAAUGUACAGAGUGUACCAAGUGCCAUGGUUAUCAAUAAACUAAGUUACCUGAAGAUGA